CUGAUUCCGAACUCCCAAACACCGGCCAAAUUGCGCGGAUUGGUUCGGCCCUAUACUCCGUUUGAUCGCAUGUUCCUUCGAGUGGUGAUCAUGUUGCGCGCAGCCACAUUCCACGUUGUGCUUAAGGACGCUAACAGUCUUCCACCUCCGUUUCGAUUAGAGAAUGCCAGUCUUGUUGGAUUAUCUUAUCAUCAAGAAAUCAACAGUUCCGACAAAGACUCUGUCCCUAUGCGAUCGCGGCGCUCUUCCUCAGUGGUGUCUGGUCAACAAAACAGAGUUCCACUUUCUGAUACUGCAGAUCACGAGCGAUCGCCGCUGCGUUUCACUCCGUCUCCGGUACCUUCGCCAGACCGACAAUAUCUUUCUGAACUACACAAACGAGAUAAUUUUUCGGAACCGGAUUUGGUCACCUGGAAUAACGGAGCGAUUUCAUCCUAUCUGGGUCCGGAAACUACCGGUGGAUUAAGCGCUACUUAUAAUCUGGAUCGAGUAGGAUUUGGCAAGACCCUAAUCUACGACAACUUUAUCUACCUGACCGUUUUCGGACCGUUAGCAGAUGGCUGGGCUGCCUGUGCUCGCCACGAUAGUCUCUCGUGCGAUUUGGUGUUUGAUGUCGUUCCUGGAUCCCAACGUGUCAUUUAUUCUUCCAAGGUAUGA